GGGGAGGGGAGGGGUGGGGGAAAAAGCAGCGCCGCAACAUGGAGACGCACAUCUCGUGUCUCUUCCCCGAGAUCCUAGCCAUGAUCUUCAGCUACCUGGACGUCCGGGACAAAGGGCGGGCGGCGCAAGUGUGCGCGGCUUGGAGGGACGCUGCCUACCACAAAUCCGUCUGGAGAGGGGUCGAAGCCAAGUUGCAUCUGAGGAGAGCCAACCCGUCCCUGUUCCCCAGUCUGCAGGCACGGGGUAUCAGGCGGGUGCAGAUCCUCAGCCUGCGCCGCAGCCUCAGCUAUGUGAUCCAAGGCAUGCCCAACAUCGAGAGCCUGAACCUCAGCGGCUGCUACAACUUGACGGACAUCGGCCUGGGGCACGCUUUCGUCCAAGAGAUCCCGUCCCUGAACGUGCUAAACCUGAGCCUCUGCAAACAGAUCACGGACAGUAGCCUGGGGAGGAUCGCACAAUAUCUCAAGAAUCUGGAGGUGCUGGAGCUGGGCGGCUGCAGCAAUAUCACCAACACAGGCCUUCUGUUGAUUGCCUGGGGCUUGCACAGACUAAAGAGCCUGAAUCUGAGGAGUUGCCGGCAUGUUUCGGAUGUAGGGAUCGGCCAUUUGGCAGGCAUGACUAGAAGCGCUGCGGAAGGCUGCUUAAACCUGGAAUAUCUGACUUUACAAGACUGCCAGAAACUAUCCGAUCUCUCCUUAAAACACAUCUCCAAAGGCCUGACCAAACUCAAGGUGCUCAACUUGAGUUUCUGCGGUGGGAUUUCAGACGCGGGUAUGCUGCAUCUUUCACACAUGACGAGUUUGUGGAGUCUCAACCUAAGGUCCUGUGACAACAUCAGCGACACCGGCAUCAUGCAUUUGGCCAUGGGUAGCUUGAGACUGAGUGGGUUGGACGUUUCCUUCUGCGAUAAGAUAGGCGACCAGAGCCUGGCUUAUAUCGCGCAAGGCUUAUAUCAACUCAAAUCGCUUUCCCUUUGCUCCUGCCACAUAAGUGAUGACGGCAUCAACAAAAUGGCCCGGCAGAUGCACGAAUUAAGGACCCUAAAUAUCGGCCAGUGUGUGCGGAUUACAGACAAAGGACUGGAGCUCAUAGCUGACCAUUUGACCCAGCUGACUGGCAUUGAUCUCUAUGGCUGCACAAAAAUCACCAAAAGGGGUUUGGAAAGAAUUACGCAAUUGCCCUGCCUUAAAGUUCUUAACUUGGGACUCUGGCAGAUGACUGAAAGUGAAAAAGUGAGGUGAACAUUUUUUUUCCUUAAAAAUGCUUAAUAAUUAUCGCCAUUGCUGUCAAAACAAGAGUAUUGGGUUUUUUUCUCUCCAAAAAAUUGACUCAAAAACGACAAAACAAAAAAAGGUGAUUGUUCUGUUGUAACUUGCAAGACAUUCUUUCCACACUGUGCUAUCAAAUAAGUUGCAGUAUUCCCAUCCUUCAACAUAGUUUUCAUAACGAAGUAAUUCUGACACUGGUUACAUUUGUUUAUGGAAACUGGUUCAUACUUUUUUUGUUUUGUAGAUGGUAUGCAUAUUGCUGAUAGACACAUUCAAGGCUACCUCGUUUUUUUUUGUGCCCUGAAAUUGAGGAGUUUAACAGUAAAAUAUGCCUAGGCAAACGUUGCCCCUCCUCGCUGGUUGGUUUUACUACCCUUUUUGGAUUUGAACAAAACAAAAGAUAUUCGAUGAAAAUAAGUUGGCCGGCAACAUUUUUACAAGAAAUUUCUGAAGCACACGAGGCUGGUUUUUGCAGUCUUGGCUGCACCCAAGUCAGAAUCGCGAACUAUAGUUUUAUGCAAAGGAAAAGGACUGAAUUUGGAUUCUAGACGCCUUGAUCUGGCAGCUGUGCUGGCUUAUUUUUUGAUCGACAUUCUGCGCCAGUUGUGGGGGGGGGGGGGGCUUUUUUCCCCCCCUUUUGUGAAAUUAUGAAAGCCUAGUCUACCUUAAAUAGGGGGGGAGCUCGUCAUGAGAAAAACGCAUCAAUUCCCGAGGACUGAUUUGCCUGUAAAAAGGGCCAUGAUGCAGAGACAGGUAGUUGCUGAAGGAAAAAGAGAGGAAAACAAAAAUAUCCUGCUGAUCAACCUAUAUUUGAAUUGUACUGUAUGUGAAUUUGUAAAUGAUACUUAAACGUUUUAUAUUCUUACAGUAAACGUUAAAAGCUGAUAUUUAUAUAAUAAAGACGGGAAAAUAUGAAGUAUGUUUUGGAAAAAAAAGACAA